CAAAGCCUGCUCAUCUUCCUCGGUCUUGUGUUUACGAUUUCUCUCUCCUCACUCUCUCCCUCUUCUUCCUCGAAGCAGAGCUCUUUAAAUCGCUCCUCUUCUGCCUCCCACUCUUUCUCCUUGUUGGCCCCUUCGCCCCUCCCUCUAUCACUGGCACUGAUGUCCGCGUUGACCGUGGCGAGGUUGUCAACUUUCCCGAUCGGGAGCCUGAGCUCAAUGAGGACACCAAUAUGAAGUCCUCACAAUGACAGCGGAGGCCCGAGGAAGCCACCACUAUAGGCCCGGUGGUUUUCAUUAGUGCGGUAGAAAAGUGAAAAGAAUCUGAUGGAAUCGAGAAAUGUGUGAUGAUGAUGGAGGAGGAGAAGGAGUGGAGUGAGGAGGAUUUGUAGAUGGUGAAGAAUUCGGAGGGGAAGCUAGGGAGGUGGGAGGCAAUAAUGGAAACGUUCGGGGGGCCAGGGAAAUGCAAUUAAAUCAAAUUUGUUAGUGUGAAUUUUUCUGUGGAAAUGCAGUUAAAUGAUCAGCCAGAGGAGAUUGAAGUGGUUGAUCUACACGGUGGCAGUCAUCGUUAUGCUUCAAUUCAUAGGGAGGGUGUGUAUGAUGCGGCAACUGCAAGACGUGGUAGUGAUUUGGAAUGGGUAUGAGUAGUGUUAACAACUGAUUCUAGGGCUGGAUUGGAAGAUAUUGAAGAUCAAGCACCACCUUAGAGGAAUGAACAUCACUAUGUUUCAAGUACGGUGGCAUUAAAGGAAGUAAAGAAAGUUGAGCCUCAAAUUUCUAAAGAGGAUUCAAACUCUGUAAAUUAAGAGCAAAUCAUUGAAGGUGGUGCAGAGUUUUUACGAACACAAUGAUAUUAAAGGUGCUAUCAAUGCUUUGAGAAAGUUGCCAGAUCAAUAUGUGCAUAUUUUCAGCUCUUUACCUCGUAGUUAUAGCCACUACUAUUGCACUUGUUGGACAACAUUUGGUGAGAAAGGCUAUUGCCAUACUAGGGAGAGCAUCUGUGAUCAUUUUCAUACUUACCCUCACACUUAGUGUUAGUGUAGUUUUAUUUGGUCUGUUCUCUCCAUCUCACCUCCGUUCUCGCUAUGUCUCUCCAUCUCGCUACAUUGCAUAUGGCGCUGUCAGGUGGUGAUUGACCUAUUUGUUGGAGUGUUGCUCUAUUUUUGGAUCGUGCUGACUGCAUCGGGGAAGUUUCUAUCCACACACCCUCACUCUGAGGAGAACAUGUAACUAUGGAUGCUACCUAUGUUGGCUACUAGUUAACAACGAUAUUUGUGUGUUUAGAAUAGAUACAACGAUAUUCAUGAAGUUUUUGCUUAAGAGUUUUUAGUUAACGAUGUCUAAUCUUCAAUGUAAUUAGUAGGCACUUUUUCAUUUUAUUGUUUGCAUCGUGAUCACGACAUUCAUUGUUGGACUUUAUAUUGAUCAUUAUCACAGGUACAUUUGUUCUUCAUAAAGUUUUGAUGCUCUUAU